GCCACCAUGCCCUCUGAGUCUCCACCAGGUCCCUGGGCUGUGGUUGCCCCCAAUGCCACAGUGGUGGCAGCAUGGACCAACACCAGUGUGCCAGAGAAGGCCCUAUUUUACCUGUUUGCCCAGCUGGACGAGGAGCUACACAGCGCCUUCCCAGGACUAUGGCUGGCACUGAUGGUCGUGCACAGCGUCAUCUUUCUGGUGGGGCUGGUGCUCAAUGGUCUGGCACUGUAUGUCUUCUGCUGCCGCACCCAAGCCAAGACGCCAUCGGUCAUCUACACCAUCAAUCUAGUGGUCACCGACCUGCUGGUGGGCCUGUCCCUGCCCACGCGCUUCGUGGUCUUCUACAGUGCACAAGGCUGCCUGCGCUGUGCCUUCCCCCACGUCCUUGGCUACUUCCUCAAUAUGCACUGCUCCAUCCUCUUCCUCACCUGUAUAUGUGUGGACCGCUACCUGGCCAUUGUGCAGCCUGAUGGUUCCCACCGCUGGCGCCAGCCAGCCUGCGCCAGGGCUGUGUGUGCUUGUGUGUGGCUGGCAGCAGGUGCUGUGACCCUGUCUGUGCUGGGAGUGACAACUGGUGGGCGGCCCUGCUGCCGUGUCUUUGUGCUGACUGUCCUGGAGUUCCUGCUGCCGCUGUUGGUCAUCAGUGUGUUCACGGGCCGCAUCAUGUGUGCUCUGUCGCGGCCCGGCCUGCUACGCCAGGGCCGCCAGCGCCGCAUGCGGGCCAUGCAGCUGCUGCUCACCGUGCUGGUGAUCUUCUUCGUAUGCUUCACGCCUUUCCAUGCCCGCCAAGUCACAGUGGCACUGUGGCCCAGCAUGCCCCACCACACAAGCCUUGUGAUCUACCAUGUGGCUGUGACCCUCAGCAGCCUCAACAGCUGUAUGGACCCCAUUGUCUACUGCUUUGUCACCAGUGGCUUCCAGGCCACUGUUCGCGGCCUCUUCCACAGGCACAGAGCACAGUGUGAGGCCAGCGGCAACAUGGUCGGCGUGCACAAGAGCUCCAAGGGCCCAGGCCCCCACCACAUACUCAGCACUGGCCCACAGGCCCUUGCCCAGGCCCUAGCUAAUGGGCCUGACCCUUAAGCAACAGCACCCACAAGGGGCCAAAGGUCAGGCCUGUGAGCAGUUGGCCAGCCAGACACUGGCGCCUGAGCAGGGGCAGCUAAUUGGUUUCAUCCUGAUUGACUGAUAAUGGCUCCUGAGUACACUGUGCUGAGAUUUUAAGACCACUGUAUUGUGGUAGAUUAGUAAUGUCUGGCAAGCCACAAGAUGGGGUGUGGUGGCCUCAAUACCAAUUAUCUACCUUCCCUGGAGGAACAUUGUGUCCACUGAAAACUCAAAAGGGUAGCUGGGAGCUGCUCCUUGUGCCAUCUUGUCUCCAGAAAUAAGAGCUCAGAAAAAGGAACGAAGAUGAUUUGGGUACUGGAGUUCCCAGGAGGGUUGAAAACAGAACCUGCAGAGAACUACCUAUAUAUUCGCACAAGUGGAGAACAAGGACAGAAAAAAUUGUCAGGAACACAGUCCUGCAUCCAACAUGGGGAGGGACUCAACUCUUUGAGGUGCGCCCAGCCGCAGGCAUUACACAGCUACCCAGCAAGAUGCUCACAGGGGCUGGGGCAUGAGCACAGCCUUGGCUUUCUGAACUGACACUGGAUCCACAGCCUCCCAUCAAAGGAGAGAAGAUUCUCGUCCAUUGGUUGGUGCUGGGGAGGGGCCAGUGACAUGCACAGGUGCCACUGCAGGGCAGUGGCAGUCAAAAUCCCAAUCCAGCCCCACUGCCUCUGAUGGGGCUAGUCCUCCUUCAUGGAUAUUCUCAGAGCUUCCCAAAGCCCCCAUCCCAGGAAAGGCCUCAGAACACCCUGCCUGCUGCCCCCAGGAGGACAGCAGGGUUCACGCCCCAUCCUGUGGAUAAGAAAAUGAAAACAAAGAUGCACAGCCGCUCAAAUUUGACCUGCCAAUUGGAGGCCACCGUGUCCCCUUUGCUGUUCUCUCCAGGGAUACAAAGGACUGGCCCAGCCGCUCUGACCUGGGUCAGCAUGUCUCCCAGUACCUUCAAUGAGAAGACAGUUUUCUGGUGUGGAUCUUUGACCGCCUCUUCUGGCCUGGAUUCCAGGAUUUUCCUGAGUGCUUUUCGUGGAGGAUCUGAGCUCCAGGGGCCUCUCCAGACUGGUAGAAGGUAGGGUGGACAAGAGGCGUUCUGGACAUCUCUGCCCUUGAACUUGGCCUCAGCCACUGAAGCAGGUGAGAUGGAAUCAGGGCCCUAGAUGGGGCCCUGGUCUCCUGAGAAAAGUCCUCCGUGCUCAGGUGGCUGGGAGCAGGACGUGUGGGAAGGGAGGCAAAGACCAGGCUUGCCCCCCAGCAAAGGUCCUAUCUCCAAAUUCGAGCCCCAGAGAAGGAUAAGGUGGGAGGCAGGAAGACAUUUAUAUUCCCUUUUUCCAGAUAAAGAUACUGAGGUUCAGAGGGGACAGGCUUUGCCAAGGUCAUAGACAGAGUGCCUGACCAUCCAAGGCAGUAUUGUCCCCGCUGAUCCUGACUGGGGCUCUCUGGCUCCAGGACUUUGUGAGGUGACUGGGUGGGAGGGAUGUGAGUCCAAGGCCUCCCAGCUGAGAUGUCAGCCAGGGCACAGAGGAACCAGGACUCUCCCCGGUGUGACUUCCUGGCCCAGAUGCAAGAGAAGCAACAGGCAUGGUCAUCGUCCUCAUGAUCACCAUCAUCAUCAGCAGCAGCAGCAGCAUCACCCCUGACCCUUGCUGGAUGCAGUCCCCAGCCACCAGCUCUAGGGCAUCUCACACAGACCCAGAGCUCCACAAGACAGGGAGAUCCUGGCUCUCAGGACAAGAAGUAGCUGGGCCAGGCCAUCUGUGCAGAAAAAUGCUGCUGGCUGGAGAAUCCCCAGAUCGUGGCUCUUGGCCUCUGACAGGAAGACUUUGAGCCACCCCUGGCAGUCACCCUCCCAACCAGAGGAGUAAGAAGGAAGAGGCCAAGUGGUGGGCUUCUGCAUGGUCACAUGGCCCGGAGGCCCCUGGAUGGCUGAUACUUCUCCUGGAGCCAACCCACACUCAGUCAUUCAGGGUCAGGGACCCUGGACCCCAUUUAUUUUCAUGCUCCAUCCCAGGGAUCCCUCAUGGUCCCAGACACUGCCCAUGGGCUCCUUGGUGCCCACCCAAGCCAUGUGACCUGGAGCUCGAGCCCCCAGCCUUGAUUCCCCCACUGUGCUGUGAGGACCACCUCACUGGGCAAGGCUGUGGGGAGCCAGAGGGUGGUGGGAAGGAAUGCUCAGGUCAGGGAACAGCCUGGGCAAAGGUGGGCAAGGCUUGACUCUCGGGGGCUGGGGAGGGGACCACACUAGCCCAUUUAAGUUCACGUGUGGGUUUGUGGCCCCCCCUUCUUUUAUAGCACGUGCCCCCUCUUAUGCCAAUGCUUUGGGUCCCAGUGGCCCUGUGCCAUCCUUCCCUUUUCCAUCCCCACCACAGCUUCCCCAUUCUGAUUCUCUACCUGGUUAUCACUCUUAUUCACACUAAUGAGUGAAAAGCCGACAUUAGCUGACUGCUCUGCUUAGAGUUGAAGGGGGGUGCAAUUUUUCUGGAACAGUCUCUUCUAGGAGGAGGAAGUCUCUGAGGUAUGUGAGCUAAGUCCUCCUCAUGUCCCCAAAUCUGAAAUGCAUCCAUUCAACCUGGGUUCCUUGGGGCUUGAGGGCUCUCAGACUACAAGAGCUUGGAGGAGGGUGGAGCAGCCACUGCUCCAGCUCAGAGGACAGGUCACCUGUCUUCUGGAGCCAAAGGUCAAGACCUGGGAGCCAUUCCUGCACCUCUGACUGCUCAGUCUGAUGGCCUGUUGUGCAGAAACUUGAUAGGUGGGCCUCAGUUUCCCCACUCCCUGUGCUUCUCCAGAUUCCGGCAGGUCCAGCCAAGCCUGUCCUUGAUCGCUCAAGACAGGCAGGGAGGUCUGUGUGUCCCCUGCUGUGUCCUCCCUUCCCGGAUUUUCAGAGAGCCAGAGUGACGUGAAAUGGUGUAUUUAUAUCUGAUGUAAACAAUCCCCAUAA